UAAAUGUACAUACUUAAAGUUCCGCAGCCAGUCGAUGGUCGGUUGUCUUCAUUUGAACUCAAGCAAGAAUCGCGACGCACGUAUAACAAUGGCGAAAAUUGAAUUUACAAUUAAUGGGAGUUUGUGCAAAGUGGACGAGAGUAUCCCUCGAUAUAUGUCGCUAAAUGCGUACAUCAGAUACGUGUGUGGUCUGACCGGGACUAAGGCGAUGUGCCGUGAAGGAGGCUGCGGUGCUUGCAUCGUCACAGUACGAGCCAAACGGUAUCCCAGUGGAAAGACUGAAAUAUUUUCCGUAAAUUCGUGUCUCGUGCUUGUAUUUUCGUGUCACGGUUGGGAUAUAAGGACAAUCGAAAGCACUGGUAAUAGAUUGGACGGGUACAGUGAUAUUCAGAAACUCACCGCUUGUUUACACGGAACCCAGUGUGGGUAUUGCACACCCGGGUGGAUUAUGCACUUGAAUAGCUUAAAGGACAAGAAUCUCACAAUGGCGCAACUAGAAAAGUCUUUUGGGUGCUGCACGUGCCGCUGUACUGGAUUCCGUCCAAUUCUCGAGAUAAUCAAAUCGGUCGCCAUUGAUGCUCCACCAAAAUUAAGUCAGAGACUUAAAGAUAUAGAAGAAAUUAGUACCUGCGCCAAAAAAUGUCAAAGAAAAUGUUCUGUUAAGAGUGAUUGUAGCGAUUGGAGUCUACUAGAAGAUUCUGGGAGUGUCACGAAGAUUGAAUUGGACUUUGGGAAGUACAAAUUUUAUAAAGUAUACGAAAUCGUUGAUAUUUUUGAUAUUUUGAAUAGAGAUGGCGUGGAUUCUUAUAUGCUUGUAGAUGGAAAUACGGGAAAAGGUAUUGUAGAAACAUUUGAAUACGAAAGAGUUCUAAUAGAUAUUAGUGACGUGAUGGCACUUAAGACUUUCAAAAUCGACCAAAACCUCAUUCUUGGUGCGAACGUGUCGCUUGAAGAUUGCAUUACCAUUUUCACCGAAAUAUCUAAAACUGAGUCUGACUUUGAAUAUUUGGAUGAAGUCGUCAAGCAUUUUGAAUUAAUCGCACAUAUACCCGUAAGAAAGAUCGCAUCUUUAGCAGGUAACUUAAUGUACAAACGUGCGUAUCCCCAGUAUCGAUCCGAUGUCUUCCUACUGUUUGAAUGCUUAGGAGCAGAGAUGACAGUUCAAAAUAGCAAGGGUAACACAUAUACUCUGAGAUUGGAGGAAUUCUUGCACCAUGAUAUGCAGGGAAUUGUUAUUGUUAAUUUCAUGCUUCCCCCACUUAACAAAACAACACAUCUGUUUAAAAGUUACAAGAUAAUGCCCCGAAGUCAAAACGCAAUGGCUAUAGUCAAUGCUGCUUUCUUAAUGAAGCUGGAUUCGAAAAACAAUGUUCAAAAAGCAUCUAUUGUGUAUGGGAACAUAAGCUCAACAUUCGUUCACGCUCUUCACACCGAAGAAUAUCUGACAGGAAAAUGUCCAUUUAGCAAUGAAACAUUGCAAGGAGCUAUCAAAACUCUAGACGGAGAAUUGGUGUCUUCAGAUAACCCAGCCGAAGCGUCGCCCGAUUGUAGGAAGAAGUUGGCACUUGGACUGUUUUAUAAGUUUAUGUUAAGUAUCUGCCCUACCGCCUCUACAGAGUCUAUUUAUAGAUCUGGAGCAAAUAUAUUCACAAGACCAGUAUCCGAAGCAACACAAGACUAUGUGACUGAUUCCUCUUUGUAUCCCUUGAAUCAACCUGUUCCAAAAUUAGAAGCAUUGAUACAAUGCUCUGGAGAAGCUCGAUAUGUCAAUGACCUUCCUCCGCAGAAGAGCGAUGUUUUCGGAGCUUUUGUGCUUUCCACCGUCCACAGUGGAGAAGUUGAUAAAAUUUAUGAAAACGAAAUCCUGGAAAUAGAAGGAGUGCUAGCAAUUUACACAGCUAAAGAUAUUCCAGGUGAGAAUACGUUCAUAACGCCCGGAUUACAGCUUCAAACCGAUAAAGAAGAGACGCUAGCGACCAUUAUCAAAUACUUUGGACAGCCCAUAGCUAUAGUUGUGGCUGAAACCGAGGAAUUGGCGGCUGCGGUUGCGAAAAAAGUACGCGUCGAUUACAAAAAUACAAAAAAAUCAGCCCCCGUUAUUACCAUAGAUGAAGCUAAGAAAGACAGUUCAAGAUAUAUAGCAGGAGAAGGAACUUUGGAGCCAACAAGCAAAGGCACGGAUGUAACGAAAAUCAUAAAGGGAGUGUAUGAAAUCGAAGCGCAAUAUCAUUACUAUAUGGAGCCGCUAACGUGUGUGGUUCAACCUGUUGACGAUAUGUUUAUGGUAUAUGAUUCGACGCAGUGGAUGGAAAUGACUCAAACGGCCAUAGCCCGAUGUUUGAAUAUUGGUCAAAGCAAAAUUGUAGUAAAAGUUCCAAGAGUAGGGGGUGCGUUCGGCGGUAAAAUUACUAGAAACGGUCAAGUGGCAGCCGCGUGUGCGUUGGUAGCGUCCAAACAAAACCGGACUUGUCGAUUCAUAUUGCCUCUACAAACCAAUAUGAGUAUUGCAGGAAAGAGAUUGCCUUGCCAAUGCGAAUAUGAGGUCGGAGUGAAUGACGACGGCAAGAUUCAAUAUCUCAACGCUACUAUAGUUGAGGAUGCAGGAUGCUGUAACAACGACAAUGUCACAUCUUACACAAGCUCUAGUUUUGGCAACUGUUACGAUAUAUCGGGUUAUACCCUGAAUACCGCUACAGUACUUACUGAUUUGCCAUCAAAUACUUUCUUUAGGGCACCCGGUGCUUGCGAAGGAAUCGCCUGCAUAGAACACAUAAUGGAGCACAUAGCGUUUGCGGUUAAAAAAGAUGCAAUCUCAGUUCGUCUAGCUAACAUGAAAGCAAAUAACACUGACAUUCCAGAAAUGAUAGAAACUUUGAAACAAGAUGUUGAUUAUGAUAAACGUUGUGCCGACAUCCAGCAAUUCAAUAAAGACAAUCGCUGGGUCAAGCGUGCUAUAAAGAUCAACGUGAUGGAAUUCCCUGUAAUCUAUUACGGAAAUUUUACUGUAAUGAUCUCUAUUUAUCGCAUGGACGGAACAGUUACGAUAACGACAGGAGGAAUAGAAAUGGGUCAAGGGGCAAAUACGAAGGCCGCCCAAGUUUGCGCCAACGCCUUAGGUAUUCCUUUGGACGUUAUCAAAGUUAUCUCGCACUACUCAUUCGUUGCUGCGAAUGAUGUUUUCUCUGGAUCGAGUAUCACAACAGAAAGCAUUUGCUACUGCAUUUUAAAGAUAUGCGAAACGUUUGAUAAAAGAUUUGCUCCAGUUAAGUCGCGCAAGCCACAAGCCACUUGGUUGGAUAUCGUGAAAUCAGCUGCUGAAGAAGGAAUAGAAUUGACGUCCUGCUAUAUGAUGAGCGAUAAGGAUGAAUCUCUUAGUGGAUACAGUGCGUUUGCUGUAUCGAUUGUCGAAAUACAGUUGGACGUGUUGACGGGGAGGUUUCAAAUGUUGAGAGUAGAUUUAUUGGAGGAUGUUGGAAUGAGUGUGAAUCCUGCUGUUGACAUCGGUCAGGUCGAAGGAGCCUUCAUUCAAGGUGUGGGAUACUUCACGUGCGAAAAGCUAGUGUAUGACAAGGCAACAGGCAAACUACUGACGAAUAGAUCGCUGACGUACCACGUUCCUCUCUGCCAGGACAUACCGAUCGUUUAUAAUGUGAAACUGAGACACAACCAGAAAAAUACAAAGGGUGUAUUGGGAGCUAAAACAUGUGGAGAAAUGGGUAUAUGUACUGCUCACGGUAUAACCCUGGCGCUCCGAGAAUGCAUCAUGGCAUCUAGAAUCGAUUCUGGUUACGAUUCAACCCAAUGGAUUACAAUUCCUGUCCCUUAUGACACAGAAGCAAUAUUAAAGGCCUUGGAUGUCAAGUUAGAAGAGUUUGUCUUCACCGCCUCUGACUAGGAUAAGCAAGUUUUAAUUGUUGUUAAAAUGAGUGAAAUUGUUGUAUUAAAAAAAAAUCUAUUCAAUUG